AUGUCUAUGGACGAAUGGAAAAUAACCAAAAAGCGGAAGGCGUCUUUUUCCAAUACGCAAUCGCCCUUUGAUUCAGACCAUUACUCGGCAGGAUUGGCAGCCAAAAUCUCGAGAGAAGAGCAAUCGUCCAACACUAGUGCAACAACAACAAUCACACCGAUGGCAAUUGACAAUGCUGAACGAGCCAUUACUGCUACUCGUCGUGUCCUUGGCACCUUGCGUCUGCGUCCAGCUAUGCAAGUAGCCUUCCACUUGAAAGGUCCUCAAAGUCAUUGGAUGAUGGAUCCCUAUCUAGAACAAGUCUGGGAGCAAUUGAGACAAGUAUUGAGCAUGAUCUUUCAAAACAAAAAGCCAAGCAUGAGCCUGCAAUGUGCAUACGAGGCUUGCAAGCUUUUAUGCCAAAACAGCAAGGCACAGCAUGUCUUUGGCCGACUGAAAACCGAAUUAUCCACACAUAUUCAACAAUCCGCAUCCAUGUUGUCAGAGCUACGAGGAGAAAAGUAUCAUUUGAUGGACGUCGUGAGUCAACAAUGGCAAGUUCUCUGCAGUGAGCUGGCUCUCAUCCGCAAUAUCUUUAUCGAACUUGAUCGGCGUUAUGUCAUUUGUGAAACAAGCUUUGCUUCGAUCAUAGACUUUGGUCAGCACCUUUUCCGAGAAUCAGUUAUGGCUCGUGCGGAUAUAAGUGAACCUGUGAUUGAUGGCCUAAUCGAUAUGAUCGAAAGGGAACGCAAUGGAGAAGGCGUGGACCGCAAGCUCCUCUACUGCCUAACAAGCAUGCUGAGCAAACUCAAUAUGUAUACCUCCCACUUUGAGCCUGCCUUGCUCCACAAUACCCGCGACUAUUAUCAGAAAGAAGCCUCGCAGCUAUUGGAUCAGAUGACAACCACCGAGUUCUUGUUGCACGUGGAUACGAGAAUCGACCAAGAAUGCAGUGAUCGAUUGGAAAGCUAUUUGGAUGGCAGUAGCAAGGUACCGCUGAUGGAUAUUGUGAUUACCGAGACCAUACACAAGAACAUUGAUCGACUCCUUGACAAAGGCUUUGAUGCGAUGAUGGAUCAUUCUGAAAAGAAGUCUCUUGGCAUUUUUUAUACUGCUGUCUCAGGAAAACACCGUCUCAGUGAAGAUUUCGGAAAGCUGCGUUCAGCGUUUGGAAGUUAUAUAAAGCGACGAGGCACGGAGCUGAUUCAAGAUCAAGGCAAAGAUCACAGCAUGAUCUCGUUGAUUCUCACAUUCAAAGGCGAUAUCGACACUAUCUGUGCAGAAUGCUUUGACAACGAUGCCAUGUUUUUGUAUUCGAUCAAGGAAAGCUUUGAGACAUUCAUCAACAGUCGACGCAGCCGCCCAGCCGAGCUAUUAGCAAGAUUCAUGGAUGCAAAGUUAAGGGCUGCAGCCAAGAAACCCGAUCAAGAUCUUGAUGAGCUGAUCGACCGAUUGUUUGUGAUCUUCCGCUACAUUCAAGAGAAGGAUACCUUUGAGUCGUUUUACAAAAAGCAUCUCUCACGUCGUCUUUUGCUCGGUCGGAAUGUGUCUCUCGAUGCCGAGAACAAUAUUAUCUCCAAGUUAAAAGAGGAAUGUGGUGCUGGAUUUACAAAGGACUUGGAAUCCAUGUUCAAAGAUAUGGAGAUAUCCCGUGACCUUGCUGUUGAUUUCAAGAACUUUGAUGAUUACCCUUCAUCCGGUGACAUUUCAUUCAACGUGAAUAUUCUUGCACAAGGAACGUGGCCAUCUUACCCAGCAUGUGAAGUUACGCUUCCAACACACAUGAGAGAAUAUCAGGGAUCAUUUGAAAAGUAUUACUCGACCAAGUACAAGGGAAGGCGAUUGAUAUGGCAAAACUUUCUUGGAUCGUGCACAAUGAAGGCCUAUUUUCCAUCCGGCGUCAAAGAUCUAAGCGUCAAUCUGCUGCAGGCAGCCGUAUUAUUAUUAUUCAAUGAUGCUUGUACAUUGUCGUAUACCGAUAUCAUUGCAGCUACUGGCAUGGAUGCGAAGGAGCUUAAACGCACUCUAUUAUCCCUGACUUCUGGACAACAUCAGCUAUUAUUGAAAAAGGACGACAAUGAUGAUGAUGGCACCGCCGCAACCAGGGAAAUCUCUCCACUUGAUACCUUUGUUUACAACAGCGGAUUCAUAUCUUCCACCUCAAGGCUUAAAGUUAGCGUCCCGCAAGCCGAUCCAUCAGCUGAUGAUAAUCGAAAAGGAACUCCUACCAAAGCUCUCCUCGACCAACAGCAUCAGAUUGAAGCAGCUAUCGUGCGGAUCAUGAAAACCAACAAGAAGCUAGCACAUGAUGAGCUAUUGCAUGAAUUGAUCAAACAGCUUGGAUUUUCACCCGAGGUGGCUGAUAUGAAGAAACGGAUCGAAUCCUUGAUCGACAGGGAUUACCUUGGUCGCGAUAAGGAUGAUGUGAAUGUAUACUUGUACAAGUAG